AUGGACUACUUUUCUUCCCUUCCCGCAGAGCUGCGGUCCAUGAUCGCAGAGAUGUGCGAUAAGCCAUCCUGUCUAUCCCUUGCAUCGGUCUCCACAUACUUUCGAGAGCCGGCUCAACGCUCGCUCUACCACGAGAUAGACCAGGUGCUCAAGCGCCCCGAAGGAAUAAGGACUAUGGAAUACCCUGGACAACGACAAACUCCAUGGAUCGAGUUGCUCCUACGCACGAUGCUUGAGCGGCCAGGGCUGUCUAGAUAUGUUAGAAAGGUCCGUUGGACACUCCACCCGGAGCGAUACCAUGCUCUGCAUUCCCGGAUAAAACUCAAGCAGAACAUGGGAAAGGGUAUUAAAGCAAAGGUAGAUCCCAACCUUGUCGAAAUGGGCAUAAAGAUCAAGAAAAGGAACCUAUUUUUCGCUCAUGAAUGGGAUUGGGAGAGCACAUGGGAUGCCGCUCUCUUCGAAGGAAAUAUCGAUGCCAUGAUGGCUCUGGUGCUAGCUCAAUUCGACCUACUUGUAUCAUUGGAGCUGGCACCGGAUUUCUUAUAUCGGUCCCGCUUUCUGGGUCUGAUGUUCAGGUGCAUGACCUCAUCAAUGCCAGAACACAGCCAUUUCCGGCACCUACGGCAUGUGGCAUUCUGUGAAAGGGAAAAUGGGCGUAUGGCGGAAAAACCGGAUCCCAGCAUCGAUGAAAAUAUCUCGAUUCUUCGUACUCGGAGGAUUGAAACACUAGAAUUGACAUUACAUGAUUACCAUCUGAGAGUGAUGGUGCACGAUCUCCUAACCACGCACCCGUACCUGACGACCCUUCGUCUCCUGUUCUGCAACCUGGGGACGUAUCCAGUGGGGCGUAUUUUGGACUUUACACCAGCCAUCAAGGUGCUUCACUGCGGUAUUCAGCGUGACAGCACGAGCUUCGAUCCGUUCUCUGCCCUCGACUUUGCGGCCUUCACUUCAGAUCUCGGAAGGGUUGCUGGCACUCUGGAAGAGCUUACCAUCCAUCUUAUAUGGAGGCACUUGGACAUACCUUUAUAUAUGUAUUACUUAUCACCAUUUGCCGGUAAACCUUUGAGACCACUUCAGUUUCUCCACAACCUCUUGCAUUUGGAGGUCCCCGCGGGUCUUCUGAUAGGUAAACGCCCGUGGCACGGUAUCUUGCUCCCCCACAUGCUUCCGCCAAAUCUGCAGUCACUGGUCCUGAUAGAUACAUACAUCCCGUAUCACUGCCAUAUAGAAAGUGGCGGCUCGCGGGAUUCUAUCAACCAAGUAAUUGCCUAUCUAGACGGACGAUCUCGAUAUACCCCCUGCCUACAGAAAGUGACACUGAAAACUAUGGUCCCGAUCGUCCUUCCUAGCAAGAACGGCCAAGACUACGGGCGGGUAUAUGUCAGCAACAGGCAGAUAGCUGAUCUUACGCGGGUUGUGGAAGCCAGCGGUGUCACUGUGGAUAUCCUUUUAGUGACUUCUCUGUCUGAGAGCGACAUAUUAUGGCAACGCACAAUAGUGGCUUAA